GGAGAGGCAUGUCGUGCUGUUUUACAUGUUGUAACCUCUAAUGAGACUAGAGAAUAUUUUACAAUUGAAUUAGUUCUCAAUGUGUGAUUAGCCUAAACCGUGCGUUUGCUUUACUUGUUCAACCGCAGUGUGUGGCUCUUAAGUGUCUGUUGAGGUAAAGCUGUCUCGAGCUAACAAUUACUGUAAGCUAGCCUUAGCAAGCUAACGCUAACAAUACAUGUUAAAAAUCACACAGUUGUGAGAUAAAUACGAUGUAAUAACUUUUCUCCGAAGGGUUUAAUGAUUAAGUUUAUCUAAUACAUUAAAGACAAAUAAAUAAAAAGUAAAAAUACAUUUCAGAUAUAUUGAAUCCCAUUGAGAAAUACAUCUUAUUAAUCAAUAAACAUAGCCUACAGGGUAUUCUAAUGGGAAUUUUUGGCUCAUUACUUUAUAAAAACGAAUGCAAUUUGACUGACCGUUUUUCUUUAUGAGCCGAUUGAAAAAAGUCACCGUUUUUGGUACAUUGUGUCGGUAUUUUUCACUCUUUUGUAAGAAGCUGUUGAACUUUGUCACAAUGCGUCGGCUUUUAACAAGAGUCAUACAUCGAGUUUUGUUGUGUGGGCCGUUGAAACCGGCCAUGGGCAUUGAAGCAGAAAUACACACACAAGGCCAACGGAGGCUGGUGGUGGGGCUGGGUAACACAGGGAUGGAGGGUACCAGACACAACGUCGGCAUGUCGGUGCUCGGCGCGCUCGCCGCCCGGCUCGGUGUGGCUGACCGUUGGCGUGGCGACAAGCACGUGUCCGGUGAGGUCAUCCUGUCAGGGGUCGCACAAACACACGUGGUGCUGCUGCGGCCCCGGCUGCUGAUGAACAUCAACGGAGUGUCAGUGGCCAAAGCAGCUGCUAAAUAUGGCAUCAAGCCUGAACACAUCCUGCUGGUCCAUGAUGAACUGGACAAACCUCUGGGGAAAAUCGCAAUAAAACAUGGAGGAAGUGCCAGAGGUCAUAAUGGAGUCCGCUCCUGUGUAGAUUGCCUUCAUACAGAUGUGAUGCCUAGACUUCGGGUGGGGAUCGGCCGACCGGAGGGGCAAACGGUGGAGCGCCACGUCCUGGGCCGAUUCUCAACCGAGGAGAAGAAGGUUCUGAACUCUGUUCUGGUCCAAAGUGUGGACAUCCUCCUCUCCCAACUCUCCCUGCAGGACUCCCCGUCCUCCUUCCCAGCAGGGGGCAGACAAGCAGCACAGAAGACUCCCCUGCCGCUCACAGCUGAACCUAACUCAAAAACAUGAACCCUGACAGAGAGAGGACCUUUACUGUGAAUGUAUUUAUUCUCUGUCCUGAGAUAAAUGAGCCAAAGGAGACACAUUUCUACCGAGCAUGAUUACUGCUCCAAACAAUACACUUGAUCCUUCUUCUUGGUAGUAGGAGUGUGUGGAUGGAUGCCACAGCCUCCUUAAAGCAGAGCUGCAACUGAUUAUGUGUGGUUUUAUUUAAAGAUUAUAAUUUACUUUAUCACAUUUUGGAAAAUAAGCGAAAAAGAAUAUCAAAAGUAUUGGUUACUAUGGAUAAGGAGGUUGUGUUUUUCCUUAUUUCGGCAUGAUUAUUGAUGGACAUUGAUAACUAAAAAAAGCAGAGCUUAUGUUUUUGAUGUGAAGUCAGGAAAAUCUGAUCUAUAUCGUUACAUUUUAAAAUAUUAAACUUGACUGGCAGAAAACAUGUAUCGGGAACAUUCAUACCAUUGUUGCCUGCUCUGUGUCUACUCUAAAGCUAAUAGAGAUUAAAAAAAAAGUAAGAUUUAUAUACAUUUAUUGUCCUUAAAGUAAUACAUUUUAGUUUUGGAGAUACAUAUGACAUUUCAAGUGUUUAGGCUACCAUUAUUUUGGAAAUCACUUUCAUAUUAAUAACAAAAAAAUAAAAUGUAGUCAUAAAUGGUUAUCUGCAAGGUGGAUUUAAAGGUAUAUAAAUGCAGAAAAUAAUGUGGCACUAAAGGAAAAUUGAUUACUGAUGCAUUUUUGAUAAACUGCUAUCAGCUGAUGGAUCUAGCAGGAAACUAACAGACGUAAAAAACAGAUGUAUUGAUGCGACAUGGAUCUUUGCAGAGUUAAUUCUCUACUUGAGGAAUCCUGCUACCGACCGAAGCUGGACUUUUUUUGCUGUUUUCUUUCAGAACCUCAUAUUUUUGCACAUUAUAUUUCACUUGUCAGGACUCAAGCCAUGCCCUAGAAACACAAAUGUCUGUACUGAGAUGCUCCUCUGUAGUGUGAGCACUGGAAAUAUCUUAUUGUAUCUGACGUAAAAGAUAAAGAAUGUAAGCAUACUGUAA